UCUAUUUGGUAGUUCGGCGUCAACUAAUUAUAUGAAAAAAUUAAAAGUGUUAUAAAUAUAAUGGAAACAUUAAAUCGCAUUACUAGCACAUUUGAAAACGUAAGAACUGCAAUCAAAAACAAGAAUUCGUCGGAACGUCUGCAGAGUCUCAAAAGAGACAUUCAAACCUUGUCAACGGAGCUGGUGGUGCUCGGCAAAGAGAACCAUGACCAGUACAUCAGGUCCCUCGCCAUGGAGGGCUACCUCUCCCUGUUAUCCGCCAAGGCUAUGCCUAUAUCUCUAAUUGAAAAACGAAACAUCCUCCAAGUAGCAUACGAUAAAAUAAAACCCUAUGCACUCAGAGACGAGUGCCUCUUCAUUCUGCUGAGAAUACAAAACCUUCUGUGCUAUUACCUCAUCCAGUUAGACCAGAUCAACCUCGCUCGUGAGAUACUCGAAGGCAUGGAAGAAUUGUACGACAAGAUAAGCCAGUCACAGCCCGACAAAUUCCUGGAUGCUGAGGACUUAUUCACGUCAGAACCCCUGAGUAAUAUAAAGAGAGUCAACCCGGAGAAAAUCGACAAGGUCAUCACUAACAACGUGCAGAUGCAAGCCUUUCUGUACAACAAGUUAAACAUACCUCAGAAAUAUACACUAUACAACCACACGGCAUUGAGGAGGCAAUUGGAAAUGAAAGAAGGAACGCCACAGGACUGGGCGCUGAGGACCGCCAGGCUAGGCAACUACUUCACCUACCUGAACCAGCUCGGCAACGCUCGUCACCACCUCUGUGCUGCUUACCACGUGCUGAGAACAUGUCACGACAAUUGCAAGCUGAUGCCCGAGGAAUUCGUGCUGCAGAAAGCAGACUUCGAAGUGCACUUCUUGGAACUAAGCCACCACUGGGUUAAGUAUGGACUGACCCUGUUUAAACUGUCUAAGAAAAAGAUUUUGAACCGUUACUUCUCGCAGCCCACCUCGAGAGCAGACUUGUGGAAGACUGUUGACCUUCUUGAAGAGCACGUGGAGAAUGUUGAGAAAUUCGAAGAGGAGAAUAUAAAGGACCUGGGCGCGGAGAAGACAGGGAAAGGCGAUGGCAACCAACAAGCGGAGAAGUUGUUUACUUUUCCUUCAUUGAAUUUGAAGGAUAUGGAGACUAGAGUGCCGUUGGAUAUGGUCUGCAACGUGGAAGAGGCCAGGAAGCUGUUUUCGUUUACCCAUAAGUGGCUGAUGAGGGCCAAGCAUUACUACGAUUUUGAGCACCACUCAGCGCAGUACAUUUCUUGUUCAUUGCAGCUGGCCGAGUUAUAUGAGCACCUGGCAUUUUUCGAGAGGAACAUCGACAACCAGUACAGCAUUCAGAAGAGGAGAGCGGACGUUCUGGAGACGCUGAACUCUUUGCUGAAGACGUGUGACAACGUUAUGUCGGUUCAAAUCGACGUAAUCAGGGAGCUGUCUCAAGUGCAGCUGGAGUUGAUGGCGUUAAACCUCCAGAAACUUUGGCGUGAGGAGUCGCAGACGAAUAUCUUCAAUUUAGACACUGAUGCUGACUCGAUCAUCAACUCUUUGGAUUCGGAGUCGAAUAAGACGUUGACCGAGAAAACUUUGAACACCACAUGCAAGAACAUGUUUUUGAGGAAGAUGGAGGCUGCGACGUCUAUCAAUGGGAAGCUAUUCAGACUGAGCGGGCAGCUAGGGGCAGCAACCCCAUCGCAACUCAGUUUGGGAACCAGCCUGCUCAAGAAUUAAAAUUGAUGAAAUACAAAUAUUUGUUAAAGUUGUGGUAAUAAAUAAAUGUAAUAUUACUUCCUUGUUAAAAAUAUACUAGUAACGAUGACUGAAU